AAGCCUUCCUUGCUUCACCUCGUCAUCUGCUCAGGCAGCCCCCGAUGGCGGACUACGAUUUUCGCCCAGGAGGCUCACUCAAAUUCAAGGGCGGUGUUGCUGAAGGAGGUAUCGUGAAGAAAAAGAAGAAAUCUAAACCCAAGCCAAACUCGCAAUCUGAUAGUGCGAAGGACCGCGAGCGUGAACGAGUGAAGGAUUUAUUAUUCAAAGAGGAGGCAGAACUUGCUAGUGGUUCAGCGUCGGGUAGCAGUUCUCCAGCUCUACCAGGGAGUGAUGCCAGAAAAACGGACGCAGAACGACGUUUUGAGGAAGCGCAAAGGCGCAGGCUCGAAAGUAAAGUAGCUCAAUUGGCUCGUAAGACGCACAAGGAUCGCGUCAACGAGCUUAAUGCUAAACUUGAGUCGCUCAGCGAGCACCACGAUAUUCCCAAGGUUGGUCCAGGAUAAUAUUUACAAAAAAUCGCGUUCAGCACUGCGUUCGGCUCAAAGACUGGUUUUGUGCGGGCCAGGCGGUGCAGAAUUUCAGUGGCGACGACUAUCUUCUUAUCAUCAUCAUGUCCUUGUAGACUGCUUGAAAUUUAUGUAUUUUACACGCGAAGUGCCUGGGGUUCCACUAUUGCCACAUAU